AUGCUCUCCUCUAGUCUGCAAACAACGAUCGCGCAGGCGACACCAAAAGAUGUAAAACUUAGUAUCCGUCAUCUGGUUACUAGUUCGACUCCAUGUCCGCCACUUUUCUCUCCUCCCCCCGGCCAAAGUGACGAGCACACGAGGUGUGAAAAUCAUUUCCUUACUGUGUCAAUUUGCCCGGACUUACCAGCGGAGGAUAUCAAGGACGAUGGCGCCGAAUUGUUCAUAUUCGCAAUCGAAGUACUGGUUUUCACUACUGCAAACCUUACAACCAUCUUCGUUUCCAAAGCCGAUUCGACGGGUUAUCUCUACAAAUUGAAACUUCCGCCAACAGUGAAAUCGUUGAUGCGGAGUAUUUCAACGUCUUUUUUGUCGCAUCUAAUCUCUCUACGCCAGAGACAUGGGAUUAGACUUGUUCUCUCUCUUUUUGCACGCGCACAAAACCAGUACCUCUUCCCAGGUAGCAUGGAAAAUCCACACAAACAUAUUUUGGACGAUCGAGGUUUGGUUAAAUGGUGGUGCCGUGUGGUUGACCCGAUUGUCAGACGUUACGAACCUGAAACACAAGUUGAUGUCAGUAAUGGACGAGUUGCAGGGGGAAAAGAUUGUGAUAGUGAAGCGAAGGCUGCGUCAGCAACGGCGUACCUGAUAGUUCCGGGCUGCGACAAGUUCGAGUCGAGGGCAUUCUUGCCACCAUCUGCAAAACUAGAUCCCCAGGACAGGCGACGCUGGCUCAACUCCUACCCUCUGCAUCAAAUAUGUGGAUCGCGAACAGCACCACCGCGUUGCCAAGUCCCACGCUUCCCAGAUGACCCGAAAUCUCGAUUUCUCCUGGAGCUUGACGACGAAAUUCCCGAUAUAACAAAUGAAAUGAAUAGUGGACAAUGGCUCAGUAUCAAGACCAUAGAUCAAUUCUGGGAGAUGAUGGCGUUUAGGCAGGAAUGUUCUUCUGGCCGUUUAGUCGGGUUCUUGUGGGUAGUAAUAAACCCUCCUGGACUUCUAAACUCUGUUCCAAUGGCUCCUUCGACUUGUCAGAACGAAAAUAAUCAAGUCACGUAUGAUUUCGCAUCAGUAUCGGAUGAUAAAUGCAUUUCUAGGAUGGGUGAUGCGACAUCUUUGAAUUCAACUUCUGAAACAGAACCAAACCAUCCAAGCGGAGGCUCUAUCAUGAGGGAGCUCGAAGCGCAGUCCCAAGGGAAGGGUACAUGCGAUGCUAUUUCUCCGCCACAGCCUGACCGUGGGGUAAAAGAAACGCCAACGCACCCAACCGAGUCUUUAUCCAAAAGUGCCGUAGGCGCGAUUAUCCUAAGCGACAAAAACUACCAAGAUCUCAUGAAACUGCUUGUCGAACUCGAUUUCGACAACGAAAAGGCAGCCGUCGAGAGCACUAAUUCCUGGCUCUCCAAACUCUCCACCAUAAUUGGUCGAAGCAACCAUGGUGCUAUUGUGAUUGGGGAAUGCCAGUCUAUCGAACCUUCAACGCAAGAAUCUACAAAUAUUUUAAAUCUUUUGAGUGGAGGUUUGAUCAGAAAGCGGAAGAAGGGACCUGCGGAUGCCGAAACCCCAAUGGAUGGUGACGCUCGUCCGGAUUCUUCAAUGACCGGUACUAGUGAAGGCAUCAAUAGCCAAGAAGAGUCACCACGUAACUCUGAUCCGCAAGUAACCGCUCCUACGAUUAACGUUCUCAAUGGGUGCAUGAUUCGGAAAAGGCAUAAAAAAGAGGAAUCUUAA